ACUUUGUGAGAGUGGACCAAUCCAUGCGGCCGACAAACUUUCAAAUCCCCAGUCCAAGCUUUCUUUCAUUGAGAGCAAUUUCUUAUUUUUUAUUUUACCAGCAUAGGAUGAGUCAUUGAGGCCAACAGUUGGAAAUCUGCUGUACAGAAGAGAAACGACUGUUAGCCACAAAACAAAGUAUAACGUUACCGGUGGAGCAGAGAGAUGCCUUUCUCAAGGGGAAAGAACCCCUCUUCCAUCAAAGUUCCUGGAAAAGGAUCAAUAGGGGUGAUGGAGAAUCAGGAGGGUGUUCACAGUAAGAGGUCUUCUCCACAGGGUGGCGUAAAGAAAAGGUCUGCCUUUGUUGACAUCACUAAUGCCACCAAGAUUCAAAUUAACAACCAGACCAAGAUUGGGAAGCCUGCCAAGGAGGCACUUAGGAGCAAAGAAGCUGCCAAGAAUGAAGCUAAUCUGAAAGAACCUAAAGCUGUGUGCUCUAAUGGGCAAUCUAUGAAGUUGGAGGUGGGCCUAUCCCCAGAGAAAGCCCUGGUGGUAUGGCCACAGGAGAAGACCACUCUUUGCCCAGGGAGACAGGUGGUGCCUGACGAGUUUGACAUUGACAAGGAAUUCUAUGGUGAUGUUUCCAUGAGCGCCGAGUAUGCCAAGGAAAUAUUUGAUUACCUGAGGGAGAGAGAGGAGAAGUUUGUUUUAAAGGAUUACAUGAACAGUCAGCCGGACUUGAACAAAGACAUGAGAGGGAUUCUGGUGGACUGGAUGGUUGAACUUCAGGAAAACUUUGAGCUUAACCACGAGACCCUGUACCUGGCGGUAAAGCUGACGGACCACUACCUGGCCUGCAGCGUCAUCAUGAGGGAGAGCCUGCAGCUCAUUGGCUCCACAGCCAUGCUCAUCGCCUCCAAGUUCGAGGAACGCACUCCGCCAUGUAUCGAUGAUUUCCUGUACAUCUGUGAUGACGCCUACAAGAGGGAAGAGAUUAUUGCCAUGGAGAUAAACAUCUUGCAGGCACUGCAGUUUGACAUCAACAUUCCAGUCCCUUACCGCUUUCUCCGACGCUAUGCCAAGUGUGUGAGCGCCAGCAUGGAGACCCUGACAUUGGCUCGCUAUGUGUGUGAGCUGAGCCUUCUGGAGCUGCAGCAGGUUCCUGAGAGAGGCUCUCGCCUGGCUGCUGCCUGCCUGCUCCUGGCCCUCAUCACUAAAGGCCUGGGAGGAUGGACAUCCAUGCUAGAGUACCACACUGGCUACACUGUGAAGGAGCUAACCCCCCUGGUGAAGACGCUGCGCACCAUGCUAGCCUGUCCUACUGAUGACAAGCUGACAGCCGUCACUACCAAGUAUUCCCACAAAGUGUUCUUUGAGGUAGCGUGUAUUCCCUUGGUGGCUGUCCAGACACUAGAAGAUGCUCUGAUAGAACAGCAAGUCUCCUAUGUGAACCACAGAAGAGGAACUCUGCUGAUAGUGUAAAUAGGUUAUUUAUUUGUAUGUCAUAUUUGUUGUCUCCUUGUAGAGGACAAUAUUUAUAAAUCAACAAGAGCACAAUCUGAUGAAUUUGUUUUAGAGUAGUUAUUUUUACACCAAUACAAAAUGCAUGUAAUAGGAAUUAUGUCAAACAGACAAUAGGGUUUAACAAUGUUUUUUUUAUGUAGCAUUCUAGAUUUCUCAAGGUUUUGUAUGAAAACUCAAUUAUCCAGUUAAUUGACACUUGGGGGAUUAAAUAUGUGUACUGUGUGUUUUUCUAUGAGAUUGUACAUCUGGCUGGACCCAGACAUGUCCAGACAAUAACACAAUCCCUGUUAGCUACUUCACCGUCAGCUACUUUAGUGAGUACACCCAGUAUGUUAAUUUUUUUCUCUUGCUUAUGCAAUGAUUUUAGUACUUAAUUUGCUGUCAGCAAUCAAUCAAAUGUAUUUAUAAAGCCCUUACAUCGGCUGAUAUUAAAGUGCUGCACAGAAUCCCAGCCUAAAACACUGAAAAGCAAGCAAUGCAGGUUAAGAAGUAGUGGCUAGGAAAAACUCCCAGAACCUAGGAAGAAACCUAGAGAGAAAACAGGCUGUGAGGGGUGGCCAGGUGGAGAUUAUAACAGAACAUGGCCAAGAUGUUCAAAUGUUCAUAGAUGACCAGCAGAGUCAGAUAAUAAUAAUCACAGUGGUUGUCGAGGGUGCAACAGGUCACUACCUCAGGAGUAAACGUCAGUUGGCUUUUCAUAGCCGAUCAUUAAGAGUAUCUCUACCGCUCCUGCUGUCUGGAGUUGAAAACAGUAGGUCUGGGACAGGUAGCACGUCUGGUGAACAGGUCAGGGUUUCAUAGCCGCAGACAGAACAGUUGAGACUGGAGCAGCAGCACGACCAGGUGGACUGGGGACAGCAAGGAGUCAUCAGGCCAGGUAGUCCUGAGGCAUGGUCCUGGGGCUGAGAGAGAAUAUACUUAAAUUUACACGACACCAGAUGAGACAGGAUAAAUACUCCAGAUAUAAGACUGACCCUAGCCCCCUGACAAACUAUUGCAGCAUAAUACUGGAGGCUGAGACAGGAGGGGUCAGAAGACACUGGCCCCAUCCAACUAUACCCCCGGACAGGGCCAAACUGGCAGGAUAUAACCCCAUCCACUUUGCCAAAGCACAGCCCCACACCAUUAAAGGGAUAUUACUCAGACUCAUUAAAUGUUAUAUAGAAAUGUC